AUGGCGGCCAUGAACGCGCGGCAGCUGGCGCAUGCGCAGGCCCAGGCCCAGGCGCAGGCCCAUGCCCAGUUGGUGGCACAGCAGCAGUAUGCUGGCCCCCCUAUCUACCUCACGGUGUCCUUGAUGAGUGGGCAGCAGCAAGGCAUCCGUUGCGAGAUUUCGUGGACAGUGAACGAAGUCCGCCGGCGAGCGCAACAGAAGUUGAAGACGGGACUGCAGACCCUCUUCUCCAAGGAUCGCGAGCUUUGUGGCCGCAUGACACUACGAGAGGCUGGCGUGCAGGAUAAGGACGUCCUGCAAGCCAUGGCGCGCAGCGCGCAGAUCUACGCCAGUCGCUGGUCCAAGGCCUUCGCAGUGAGGAAGGCAGAUGGAUCGGUGGUGACCUGGGGUGACAGCGAUUGCGGGGGCGACAGCUCGCACGUGCAAGAGCAGCUUACGGAUGUCACGCAGAUCGCCACCACGGAGGGCGCCUUCGCGGCCCUCACGGCCGAUGAGUCCGUCGUUUGCUGGGGACACCGCCAGUGGGGCGGGGACUGCCAGCAGGUCCAGAAGUACCUGCAGAACGUCAAGCAGAUCAAGGGCACGAACUUCGCCUUCGCGGCCGUGCGCUCCGACGCAUCGGUCCUGACUUGGGGCUUCGGCUUGUGCGGUGGGGACAGCACCUCGGUGCACAACUCGCUGCGCAACGUGAACUCACUACACGCCACCGCCGGGGCUUUCGCGGCACUUCGCCGGGAUGGGACCGUGGUCUGCUGGGGGCACCGAAGGCAUGGUGGAGACUGCAAGGCGGUCCAGGGUUACCUCUGCAAGGUGGAUCGGAUUCGAGCGUCGGAGGCCGCUUUCGCAGCGAUUCGUUCAGACAACACGGUCAUCGCCUGGGGAGAUCCUGACCUAGGUGGUGACUGCAGCAGGGUGUCAGAACAAUUGCGUGACGUCGUGGAGAUCGCCGCCACAAGCCGAGCUUUUGCUGCCAGGAAGCGCGACGGCAGCGUGGUCACCUGGGGAUUUGAGCAGUAUGGUGGAGACAGCAGCUCGGUCCAAAGCAAGCUCAAGGGCAUCCAGUACAUUGCAAGCACUGGCACCUCCUUUGCCGCCAAGCGCUCCGACGGCAGGGUGGUGACUUGGGGCUUCAGUGAGUACGGUGGAAACAGCCAAGCCAUCGAAGCAAAGUUGGUCCAGGUCUCUCAAAUCGAGGGCUCAACCGGUGCCUUCGCAGCUCUCCGUCUUGACGGCACCGUUGUCUGCUGGGGAGAUCCCCUGUGUGGUGGCGACUGUAGCCAGGUGCAGAACCAACUCGUCGAAGUGACCUCCAUCACGGCAUCCUAUGGCGCUUUCGCGGCCAUCAAGGCAAACGGACAGGUCAUCACCUGGGGCGGCGACCACUUCGGCGGCGACAGCUCGCACGUCAAAGACCACCUCCUGGAUGUGAACAGCGUCAAGGGCGAGCCUGGCAAGAACUACGGCGGUGACAUCGCCGCGCGCUAUGAGGUUCCGAGGGCGCACCCUGGCCAGUGA